AUGGUGAAACCCCCACAGAUCAACACCCUCUGGCCACUCGCAGCCCGAGGAUCCAGAGCUGCCGUAGCCAAGAAGAAGAAUAAGAAGGGGAAGACCCUCACCCUGACGGACUUCCUGGCUGAGGACGGGGGCGGCGGAGGGGGCCCCACCUACAUCCCCAAACCUGUCAGCUGGGCCGACGAGACAGAUGACCUGGAAGGUGACGUUUCCACCACCUGGCACAGUAAUGAUGACGACGUGUACCGGGCCCCCCCGAUCGACCGCUCCCUGCUGCCCACCGCCCCCCGCGCCGCGCGGGAGCCCAACAUCGACCGCAGCCGCCUGCCCAAGUGCCCCCCCUACACGGCAUUCGUGGGAAACCUGCCCUACGACGUCACCGAGGAUUCCAUCAAGGAUUUCUUCAGAGGCCAGCCGAGCUGGAUCAGUGCCGUCCGCCUCCCGCGCGAACCCACCAACCCCGAGCGCUUGAAAGGCUUCGGCUACGCCGAGGUUGAGGACAUCGACUCCCUGUUCCAGGCCUUGAGCCUCAAUGAGGAGUCCCUAGGGAACAGAAGGAUACGGGUGGAUGUUGCUGAUCAAGCUCAGGAUAAAGACCGGGACGACCGCUGCUUCGGGCGGGACCGGGACCGGUACCGGUAUCGGGAUCGCUACGAUGACCGGUAUCGUGACGGCCCACGAAGGGACAUGGACCGUGGCUUCGGGGGCCGGGACCGCUACGAUGACCGGAGCAGGGACUAUGACCGAGGUGGGACAUCCUGGGAGGGGCAUCCCAGCUGGCGCAGCGAGGAGAACCAGGAGCGGUCACGGACGGGAAGCGAGUCCUCACAGACCGGGCCCCCAGGCCCCCCCGGCACCUCCGUGGGCACCGGCCCCACGGGCAGGACCACGAGGAGGAGGGAGAGCGAGAAGUCCUUGGAGAACGAGCCGCUGUCCCGGGAGGAGGAGGCGCCGUCGCCCCCCAAGGCCCGGGAGGAGAAGCAGCCCCUGAAGGUGAUGCCGGCACCGCCCCCCAAGGAGAACGCCUGGGCCAAGAGGAGAGAUGAGAACAAACCAGAUGGAGGCUCCGGGGGCCGGAGCGGGAGCUCGGGACGAGCCCCGGGGGAUCCAGACAGGAAGGAGAGCAGGAAGGAUCACGAUGCACGACCUGCACCUGAGCCAAAGAAACUCGACGAGAACCCCCCCUCUUUCAGCCACGCCAGCAAGUAUGCAGCGCUGGCAGUGGAUGGUGAUGAUGAGGCCGAAGAAGAGGAGGGCACCGAGUGA